UUGCUGACGUCACACGACUCCGGAAAACUUGUUUACAUGCGCACGCGGAAGCAGCUCGCAGUGCUUGUGGCGUCACAGCCGGAAGAAAAGAAGAUGGAAAACACCAGAAACAAGAAGAAGAAGAGUUCGGAGGACUGCGCCAUUUGUUUGGACCAGAUUCAGGAGGAGAAGACACUGGCGUGUCGUCACUCUUUCUGCGCCCAUUGCAUCGACCAAGUCUUCAGGGUGAAGCCCGCGUGUCCGAUCUGCAACACCUAUCACGGCGCGUACACGGGGACCCAGCCGCGGGGCACGAUGGCGGUGACGCGCAGCUGGCAGCGGCUGCCCGGGUACGAGCACUGCGGCUGCAUCAUCAUUCAGUACAGUUUCCCUGGGGGGAUCCAAGGGGUGAGGAGACUGACGCCCGAGCACCCAAAUCCUGGGGUGCAUUACAGCGGCACCGAUCGUACAGCCUACCUGCCAGCCUGCAAGGAGGGAGAGAAGGUGGCGAGGCUGCUGAAGAAAGCGUUCGACCGGAGACUCAUCUUCACCAUCGGACAAUCUGCCACCACGGGCCUCAACAACGUCAUCACCUGGAACGACGUUCACCACAAGACCAGCACGACCGGCGGCCCACAAUGUUUUGGAUAUCCAGACCCAGCAUAUCUGUUCAGGGUUCAAGAGGAGCUUCGUCUUCAAGGAGUGACAGAGGAUAACUAAUGGAUGAAGACGUUAAUUGUUCACCUAGAUUUAUUAUUGCUGCGUAUUAUGACAAGUGUGCACUUUUACAUUCCUCCACAGGGAUCUUGAUCAGCGACACUUUAAGGAUGUUUUUCUCUGCAAGGUGUUUGAAUUUAAUUAAUGGAUGCGAGACAUGGAGGAUCACGGCUUUCCCCAAAGAUUUUAAAUGUUCCUUUUCGACUUACUAUGCAAAAAUGACUUUAAGCACAGCCUGUACAAGUACUUAACCUAAACAAGAUUAUAGAGUACUAGGUCAGGGACUAUACUGCUCAUCAUCAGAUGAAUGUUCUUAUUUGCUAUUUUCACAAUGUCACACAAAAGCACAGAUCUGGUGCCUUGUAUUUUUCAAAAUAAUCUUUACUUUAUAUCUGUUUGAGUAUAAUUUGCUAAAGUUAUUGUUUUUAUAGGUAUUUUCUAUGACAAUGUUUCUUUGUGACACAUUUGCUUAAAAACAUCUUCAAUUGGAA